AUGGAUAUCCUUGAUCCGGAUAUGGGCAUACUUGAUGGUGGCGAUCUUCGUGUGGGAUUAGGCCCUCCCGACGUUCACGUACAUAGCCGUGGCCUCGUCCUUCACGCCCAUGUUUCCGUUCUCCGACCUGGCCCGCGAUUUUUCGAUGUCGCAGAACAAGACGAGGGUGGCGUCUUCCACUUGAACCUUGAGAAUGAGGAUGCCGAUCUGGGUCUGGACGACCGCGAGUCGACGAUGGACACCUGCCACGCUAUUCUGUACAUCGCGAGAACCUAUGGUCUCUGGGACGUGCAAGUCAUCGUCUUCGAGCCACUUCGAAAGCUGUUCAGAGAGAAGGCUCAUACGCUCGCGCUUUACCAUGUGGCCUUGGACGAACAACAGUUACCUGGAGGGAUCUUUGACGUUUUGGGGGGCGAGUUCGUAGCAGAAUUCGUCCAAAUGACGCAGUUUGUGUACUCGUCCCCUGAAUACGGUCGCAUCCGCCCGCUCUUCGAGUUCUUUAUCAUCAUGACUCAGGGUCGCGCCCUGAAAUAUGACGUGUUCCGCGACCUGGUGCUGUCGACUCCCUCUUACUUGGCCGACAUCUACAAUAGGAUGAUGUGCAUUAUCGGUGAACACCUUGAUUGGUGA